AUGACAAGAACAAUUGAUUUAUGUUCUGAUGUAACGACAACGUCAACAAAAGAAUCGAUUCAUAGAAUGUUACAUUCAGCAAUACCAAAUUCACGUUCACCAACGUCUGAUGAUGAUUCAGGAUGUGCAAUUGAAGAAUAUGCGUGGGUUCCACCUGGUUUAAAAGCAGAUCAAGUUAGACAAUUUUUCAAAUGUUUACCGGAGGAAAAAGUGCCAUAUAUCAAUUCAAUUGGAGAAAAAUAUCGUACAAAAAAAUUAGAAGAACAAUUACCACCACACGAUUCUGAUCCGAAACAUUGUCGAUAUUUGACUGAAGAAGAAAAAAAUGAAUUGAAAAUAUUUAGUGAACAACAGCGACAAUCGGCACUCGGGCGUGGUACUGCCAAACAAAUAUCAUUAACACAACCAUCGUUGACCUGUUGUGGAUGUCAGAAGUCAAUUGAAUCGGGCUCAGUCGCUGUUCAUGCUGAGCGUGGAGGGCGAAAUGGUUAUUGGCAUCCACAGUGUUUCGCGUGUAAAAUAUGCAAAGAAUUUUUGGCCAAUUUAAUUUAUUAUUACAAAGAUGGAAAUUUGUAUUGUGGACGACAUCACGCUGAAUUGUACAAACCAAGAUGUUCCGCGUGUGAUGAGAUUAUAUUUGCUGACGAAUGUACCGAAGCUGAAGGUUAUUCUUGGCAUAUGGAUCAUUUUUGUUGUAAUAAUUGUUCAAAACGUUUGGGUGGUGAACGUUAUGUGAUGAGAAAUCAUCAUCCAUAUUGUUUAAAUUGUUUUGAGAUAAUGUACGCUGAAUACUGUGAUACAUGUGGUGAACAAAUUCAAACCGAUCAACCACAAAUGGCACAUGAAAGUCAACAUUGGCAUGCAACAGAUCAAUGUUUUUAUUGUUAUACCUGUCGUAUACCGUUACAAAACCGUGGAUUUUUUCCCAAAUUUGGCGCACUCUAUUGUUCAAAUGAAUGUGCUCGACAACGUACAUCAUCAUCAAAACCAACACAUAUCAAAGAUGAUUACAUGACAGACAAUGGUCCCGAUAUCAUACCAACUUUUGGUACACAUGCCAAACUUCAACAACAUUCACGACCACCACCAACAUUGUUACAAAAACAACAACCCGUGAAAACAAAUUUUUCAUCAUCGGCUAAUAAUACAAACGGUAUACAACUAAAAAGUGGUUUAAGAAAUAAUGGUACAUCCUCAUCACCCUAUCGUAAUCAGACAUCAAAAUCCUCGGCACCAAUCUCAAAGAAUUCUGGAAGAUAUGUUAGUAGCCAUAUACCAGGUGGAUAUGUCUCAGAUGGACCAUGUUUAAUGCAUAAACGAGAAACGUCAAGUGGUUAUAUGUCGGAUGGAACAGCUGCUAAACGACAGACAACUAAUAUAAAUAAUGGUUAUGUUGGUAAACCACAAGUAUUUUUGCAAUUUCAAUCACAACAACAGAAUCCAGGUAAUCGUCAAAAACCGAUCAAUAUAUCAAAAAGUCGUUCUCGUGAACCGAUAACAUUUUAUAAUGAUUUAAAUCUCGAUCAAUUAGAUCGUGACGGUGCUGCUUUGGAAAUUGCACGAUAUAGCUCAACAAAACCAAACACUGGUUCAAGUUCCAAAUCAUCUCGAUCAUCAUUGCCCGAUUUACGUCGAAAAAUACUAAUUGAACAACAGAAUAAAUACCCAACUAACAAUGAUAAUAACAUGAAUACAAUGACAUAUUCCCAAGAAACAUUAACUGAUCAAAAUUCAAAUAAUUAUUAUGAUAAUCGACAUUCUCGUUCAUCAUCUCGUAUUAAACAUUUUGAUUCAAAUGAAAUAAUGUACCCUAUAUCGAGACCAAAGUCUGUUCAUUGUUCAACAUCAAACAAUCAGUUUCCGCGAUCAAAAUCUCUAAAUGGUUCAAGUCGUUUUUCAUCAUCAACAACGAAACAGCAUCAUCAUGUUCGUUUCGAAGAUGAACAACAACAACAACAACAACAACACUAUUCAUCGGCAAAUUGUCGUAAUUCUUAUCAGCGGAAAAAGAAUCCAUCACCAUCACAACAAAACUAUCAGUAUCGAAAAUAUCGACAUCAUCCACAAUUAAUCAAUGAUUAUUCCUGUUCAAGUUCAUCAUCGGAUGAAUAUGAUGAUUUCGACAAUAUCUAUAAUCAAUAUGAUAUUAAUGUUAAUCGUCUGAAAAAAUCAAAUACUGGAGUUAAAAUAAGUUAUGUUGACGAUUGUUUACAACAAACACACACAUCAACAUCAAAUCGAGGGAUGAGAAAAAAAGAUCAACAACAACAACAACCGCAGCAGCAGAAAAAACAACGACGAAAGAAAGAUUGUAUUAUUAGCUAA